AUGAACAAAACGAAGAAGACGAAAGGGAGGACAAACGAAUUGCCAACUGAUAAUCAGUUUGAUUCUCAGUCAAGUGUUAGUUUUCACCAGAUUUGACUUAACUGUCUUGAAAUAUUCAGAGCGAUUCGGAAGAAGAGUCGGAUGACGAAUCUGCAGCAGAACAGUCUGAUUAUGAAGAUGAGAUUGAAUUAAUCGCUGAUGAAAAGUAAUUUUUAUUGAGACUGAGCCCCUAAACUCUAAAAAUUUUUCUUCGCAGCACAUCCUACGUCGAAAAUGGCGAUCUGGACACUGAUGAUGAUAAACAGUCCACAAGUACUGAAGCGAUAGACAAAGCACUUGAUGACAAUGCAUCAGUUUCUUCUAACGAGUCAAAGAAGAGCAACGAAAGAAAGACAGAACCACGGAGAAAAAUUGAAGAAUUCAGAGUUUUCUUCCCUCCGCCCAGGGUUCCCCCUAAUGUCAAAACGCCGUUCCGUCUUCACAAUAGCAACUGCCAUCAUCAUGAUUGGAUCACCAGUAUGCUUUUUUCAAAAUCAAAUAGCUAAUGAUUAAUAUUCUUUUUAUUAUAGAAAAUCUGAACUUGCCGAAAUAUGCAACUUAUCAGACUGGUUGGACUACGUCUUAUAAAGCUAUAAAAGCUAUUACCUUUAUUGAUCAGCGACGGACUCAGUUUCUGAAAAUUCUUGGUCUGUUCGACAGAAAUGAUGUCAAGAAAGCCAUCGCAGCAUGUGAUAGAAAAGGAAGACGAAAGUUGAAUAUUAUGCCUCCAAGCUGGGAAAUAACUUUCGAAUCAGAGGAUAGCGAUAGUCAUAGUUCAGCUUUUGACGAAGAGAAGAUUCUCGUUCGAGUUGAUCAUCUGGGAAAAUUCGUUGAUUUGACUCAGUACGGAACUGAAGAGAAUGUCGCUGUUAAACUGAAUGACAAAGGAAGUUUUCUUCAUCUCGUUCGGACAUCGGAUCUGUGUAUACCUAACGAAAGUUCUGAAACGAUAUCUUACCCCAAAACAAGGCCCUAUCGAAGAACAACCUGUAAGACUACGUGGAGGAAGCGAAACAAAAGCGUGACUCAUUUUCUGCGAAGACCUCGUACUCAACAAUGCAGAAUGAUCACACGAAAACGGCGACGAAAAAACCAGUUUGUGACUCUGAUGCUCAGAAGGAACCGGGUUCACAAGAAAGAAGCCAUUGUGGAUGCAAUAAAUUUCAUUUCAUGGCAGAAUAGAAUCAAGAUCUCAGAAAUACGCACGAAAAGCAGGCUUUUGAAAGAAGCAGAAAGACAACGGCGAGAGGACGAGGAGUGGGAGCUUCUGGAAAAGAAACUUAGGCUUGAUUGGCAAGAGACGAUAGAAAAGGAGAAGGAAGAGAUGCUAAAUGUUUCCUUGGAGCUGAUGAAGAUAGUUUAUCUCAAAAACGUCGAGUGGGUAGUCGUGGAGAAGAAAGGAUGCCCUGUGCAAGGCUUUGAAUACACAUUGAUUCCGGCUUCCGAGUUGAAAGGAGAACAAGUUAUUCGAUAUGAUCGACAAAAUGUGGAUUACAGGUUCAGAAUGUUGUUUAUAGAAAACAAAACUCAGGCGGAAUUCGUCAGUUCUCUUCCAUUUUACAAGCUAAAGCCGGUAAAAAAGACGGGAUUUGUUAAUCUUCAAGUUUCGAAACCUUUUACAGCCAACAAUCAAUUAUCCCAUCGUGGAUGGUGUCAAUAAAGAUCUUGAACGGGAAUUGGAGCGACGAAGAAUGGAAGAUGUAGAAAGGGACGAGAAAAAUACGCACCUAGAAGUUGAAGACAAAAUCAGGUUCAGGAAAGAUCAGGAAAAUAUAAGUUUGGUGAGCCAAGAUUACGGUUUUCAGCAUCCUAAUAAGUAUAUUCUUCAGAUCAAAAAGUAUAGAAACGCCGCGAGACGGGAGAGAUCGAAAAAAGAACUACAAACAUUAACCUGCAAGAUGGAGCCGAUAAAAGUUGAAGAAAGUGAUGAAGAUGAGGUCUCAGACAGCUCGGAAUCUGAGCAUGGUUCAAUAGACAACAACGGAAGCACAAGCUUUCGGGGGAGCUGUCUAGAGCGCUUCAUCGUGGAAAAUCCCGAGGUGGAUGUUGAUCCGGAAGAAAUUAAUGAAAUUAAGGUACGUAAGUAUUGUGCUAUCAAACCUCUAUUGGGAUGGUGAAUACCCUGUAAAUAAACUGAAAAAGUGCGAUAGAGUGUGAUUUGCAGAAUUCCUGAGCAUUAAUCGCUAAUUUUUACUCAAAUUAUGUUUGAAAGCGACGUAAUUCAAAGUGUAUAUCAGUAUUUCUGUUGUUUUAAAACAGUAACUUUUCAGGAAGAAACUGAAGAAGCCUACAUGGACUAUCAAGAACCAGGCCCAUCGCAUGACUUUAAAACUGAAAUAAUAUUGGAAGAAGAUAUUAAAAAAGAAGUCUCUGUUGAAGAACAGCUUCAUGAAACGUUUAAGUCCGAAUUCGCCUUCAAAAAUGAGAUCGAGGAUGAUAACUGGCCGUCAAUGUCCUUUGAUCCUUCUGAAUCCAAAGAUCUGAAAAACUUCAAAACGGAAAGCAUCGAAGAAGUGAAAGAGAAAGCCGUGGAACCAGAAAUGAAAUGCCUGAAGCCAAGAAUCAUAACUGUAUUUUCAAUGUUUCGUGUUCCUUUCAGAUAUUUUUUUUUUCAGAAAUGUCUCAACUGGAAAGAUCGGCUGUUCAGACAAAAAGGAGUGAGGGAGCGGUCUAGAUGGAAUUGGUCAUACAAUCGAUUGCAAAUUAUUCGAAAACUCCAACAGACUAUUCCAAAGAGAUCGGGGCGGAAUAAACGAGGUCAACUCGCACGGAAAAGGAAGAAGAACAAAAAGACAAAUGAAAUAGUCGUGAAGAUGAAAAAGAAAUCAGCGGAGCAAAAGAAGGGUUUUGCGAAGAAACGGAGAACCAAAUAUGUACAAAAAAUAAAAGUACCAAUGAUAAAUUUUCCUGAUUUUGUAUGAAUUUUUUCAGAUUUCAUCAAGACACGUGAAAACAGAACAUAAUGCUCAUGAAGCCAAACGGGUACAAUUCAAACUAACGGUGUUACAAGACCUCAAGAAAAUAUGGAAGCCAUUGCCAUGGCAGACGAGUCAACUCUUACGAGAACAAUCCAAACGGAACAAGUACAAGGUGAGCAGUCCUUCCCAGAUUCAACGAUUAGUUUUAUUUUUCUUCAGGUUCGAUCAAAGCGAUCACGUCAUAAUCUCCAGGCACAUAUUUUGGAAGUUUAUGACGGAAAGGAAUGUGGUUUUAAAUCUGCGCCCGCACGAUCGGACAUUUUUGAAAAAGGAAUUGACGUCCGAGAAGAGCCGAUUCCUUUCUGUGAAGAACUCAUUCUCGAUGAUCAAUCGCUUGUGGCAUUCUCCAGUUUCGACGACAUGAAGGUUUUUUGAACUAAUCGGAUGUAUGGACCGGGUUGUUUCAGGUGUAUGAAAAAGCAGUGUACGACCGACACGAAGUUAUGGCGGAAGGAUUCUGGAGGGUCCACGUACGUAAAGCAUUAGCUAGGGAGGCAGCUCAGAACGAAGAGAAUGAGAAAAUGAGACUGGAAGUAGAACUGCUCGAGCAGGAGCUCAGAGAGCAAACUUUUCUUGAUAUCGAAAACGAUGUCAACGAGAACUUUUCUCUGCUCGAAGCUGCGGGGAAAAAGAUGGAAAGCACUAUCAAAGCCUCGGGAGAUUGUCGUUAGUUGGGAAGCUGAGAACUUAUCUUGAACUGUAUUUUCAGAGUUCGAAGAUUUGGACGAGUAUUUCUCCUUGAUUGAAGACUGUCAAAAGAACGAAGAACAGCGGGAUGAGGAAGAACAGCUGGAAAUUGAGACUGAACAGUGGGAGCAUACACUGGAACAAUUGAUUGCGAUUGUCAAAAAAGAGUAUUCUAUAGAAGAAGUAAGAGAUGCGAGUUUGAUGGAAAGCAUAUGUGAAAAUUACAGCUAAUGAUGCGAGUGCUCAAAAAUCGGCACUUGGUGACAAUGAAGUUGCUUGUAAGCGGGGCAAACCAGUCUUCGAUUGAUAAAGAGGAACUAUUGACGAGUGCACGGAGUUUACUUGAAGAGCUGAAGGACAGGCGAGAGGAAGCAAUGAUAGAGGAAAAGAAGCUGCAGGAGCAUAAUGAGGACCAACUUCGAAGGUUUCGAAGUGCGAGAAAGCGGGCAUUGCUCCGGGCAACUCGAGUACAGAAGAUGUUGGCUAAUAGGAAGAAACGGAUAGAAAGGGAAAUGUCGAGAAGAAAGGACAGUAGAACAAAUGAAAUUGAACAAGAACUAAUGCAAAAUUAUGAAAGUGAAGAACACGAUUCAGAAGCGCACGGAAGUCCGUGGGAAGUAGAGUUGGUCGUUGUGUCAGAAGAAGAAGACUUAGAAGAAGAAGAAGACCAAGUGGAUAAGAAAGAGACUAACGACGAACUAUUGUCAGAAGAAUCGACGCAUACCGCAGAUUUUCGAUGGAACUUCAAACAUUGUGUCUGGCGAACAGAGGCAUUCGAGCAAAAGCAGGCCCUCGCAAUUUAUCGGAAAAAAUUGCGUGCAUCCCUCAGAUCAGGCAAAAAAAAGAACUAUAUGAGCACGUACGAAAAAUGUGCAGCGUGGAAAUUGAAACUCGAAAACAUGUAUGGAGAGACUGAAUUCGAAAAGACCCUUCGAGAAUACGUGGAAUCAGAAGAGAGCGAGGUCAUCAUUUCCCUCGAGAGAAAAAUGGAGAUUGUAAAAAAAAUUACCAGUAUUACUCUCAAUGAUACGCGGAUCAAAGCUAAGGAGAUCCAGAAACAGAUGAUUGAGAAGGCUGUCGAUUUGAUGGUAAACGGAUUUUAUGCUUGCUGAAAAAAAAAUGAUAUUUUUGAAGAUCAAAACGCGCCUCGAAGAGAUGACCAAAGAGCACCAGAAAUGGCUGAGAAGUGAUGAACUCAAGGUGAGCGUCUUUUCCAUAUUUCUUUCGCGACACCCCUCUAUUAUUUCCGUCGUUUCUCCUCUGUCUCCUCCCGAUCAUUUCCCUCAAAGUUCAUUCCCUCUGCCCAAUUCUAUUUAUUCCGUGUUGCUCGACAUAGUCGCCCGCACGUGUUCUCGGCGGCCUAUUACACUAGCGGCCGCUGUCGACCAGAGGGCGGGAAUCAUAUGAUUCGCUGCAAGCGAAAAACAAACUUCUGUUCAUAGUGUAACAUUGUUGUGGUCUUCGACAAAGCCUGUGAUCCUCUACUCGCUCCAGAGACUAGAAAAGAGUUCAGACAUUGUUUAUCCAAGGACGGCAAUGAGAUUUGUUGGGGGAGUUAAAGUUUCGUCUUUGUUUACUUGCGGUUACUAAGAUGUUCUCAAUACAUAGGCUACCAAAUUUCAAUAGUGAAUUGUUUUAUAUUCACUGUUUGGUUAACUGGACGGAUGUAACUGCAACAUCUUAAUAGUGCAUAGACUAUGCAGCAUAGUAUGGAAAUAUUCUUUUACCAUUGCAAAGAUUAUGAUCAGAUAUUGAGAGAGCGAACGAUUUUCACUCCCGAUCUCUCCCUCUUCCAAUCUCUUCUUUUCACCGCAUCCCAUGCGGCGGUUAGGAGACAGGCUGGUCGGAUAAUUCGCUUGCGCAUUCUGCUUCUCUGAUCCUCUGUGGUUGGUUUUGUCACUUUUCCUCUUCCCACACUAUCACGUCCGUCUCGUUCUCUGACAUUGUACUAUUUCGUGAAACGUCGCAAUCUCUACCGACUCUCCGAUGGGAAUUGUGUAACAAGUCUGUGGACAACUGAAUCGGCCAGCCGGCUGCAGUAGCGCUCAGCGAUCGCCAACUGGGUUGUCCUGCAGCAACAAACGGGGCAGGCAGUCAGAGAAUGCGAGAAAGAAAAAGAUGAGGGCAGUGGGUGUCAAUAACGUCUGUGCCUCUUUCUAUGAGCGUAAGUGUUCAGUGUAUCGUCGAGUAGAGAAGGGCGGGUGCGUGUGGCGCGCCCCGAAGGAAGGGAAAAGUGAAAUUGAUGAGUAGAGAAAGAUGCGCACGUAGAAAAUAGAAUGUCUGACCGCUUUCGCUACAAAGUCCGGUUCAUCGAAUUGUAUUACGUUUUUCCAAAGACCAGACACGAUGUACAUUAUCGUAUGUCCGAAAAAUAACGUCUCCGAAUGGCUGUUAGAUGACACGUUGCCAAAAGUCAAAAUUUAAUGAUGUGCGUCUGAGUAACAUGUCAAUUUUUUCAAACACAAAGAUCAAUCAGGAGUCGUCAAAUAGAUUUCAUAAGAAUGCACGUUUCCCCAUGGGAAUCUAUUUAUAUAUAUAGUUUGCACAUGAAAAUACGCGAUUGUUCCAAUAGUUCAUCUCGUCGCUUUGUUGAUCACUUUUCUAGGCAUCGCUCCUUGUUGCAUCCAUUGGAAUUGCAUUCACGCACACGCGCGCACUCACACGCUCACAAGACACCGUCUAACUUUCUCGUUCAUGGUGUCUUGCCUGUCUGCUUCUCUCGCCGUAUUGUUUGAUCACCGUCCUGUUCUCUGCUAAUGUGAUCUAGUGAAUUCUUCUGCCCACUCGCGCUCUCUCCGUCUUGUGCUGUUUAUAUCUCGCAUCGGUCUCUGCCGCAUUUCGCAGCCGCAUUCUCACUUUUUUUUAUUUGCCGUCUGGUAGUUAGAAUAGAUUAGAAGAACUCCGAGGGGUUUUGACACACUGUUCAAACACAGUUCGAGAGCUACUGUGAACAAUUUAAACUUGAAUUAAAAAUCGUGAACAUCCUCAAUCUAGAGUACAUGAUCUCUGAUUUUUAAAGUUACAUGCCUGCAUUUGUCAGGUGUUUCUAAUUUCUCGAUGUGGAAAACGCGCUUUGGGAAUUGAUAAAAGGCUUGAUCAACAACUCAACAUUUUUCAGCUAUAGUUUGAAACAUGGCAAAUUCACAAGAGUUUGAGAAUUUGUGUCCAUGCCUUCCUCUCUCGCACUAUUCAGCACCAGCCUCCUCCUCUCAAGAAGAAAAAGAAGAAAAGGCAGUAGCGCUCUGCGCGAGGUCGCUCAGUCUCAACACUCGCGCACACACACACACACACACAUACACACACACACACACACACACACACACACACACACACACACACACACACACGCGCAUGCACACACACACACACGCAUGCACAUACAUAAACCUCUGGCUGUCCAUUCGACCACUUUAUGCUUCGUCGGGUUCCUCCUUGUCGCCGCCGGAGAAGCGUGCAUCUCUUGCCUCUCCACCUUUUUUGUGGAUUCUGUCUAAGUGGUGUCUUGUCAGCCGUCGUGUUCUCUAAACCUCUCGUGGCAGUCUCUUCUUUUUUGUCGUGCUCUCUGCUGCCUAUAGUUCAACCUCGCACUCUUAUCCCUUUCCAUCGCUGCGCCUUCUUCUACUGCCUUCUUCUUCCCGUUCUCUAAAUUUUUGUACUGCCUUAUCCACCAUCCUAUCCCAUCCAAUCUCAUCUCUUCCUUUCUUGAAGCUAUUCGUUAUUUGAUAUUUCCUCCUUCUCUCACUCUCUCUUCCUCUUUUCCCUCAAAUCGUCUUCUUUUCUUCUUCUCCCAUUUUCGUUUUCAUUAAAACCUGCGGUCUUUCCGACCGAGUUCCAUCGACGAAUGGCUACUCGAGAGGAGAAAGAUAGAAAAUAAGAACUGACGCACGAUUCAUACCUUUCAAGAAAGUUCCAAUAUUACGCUAGAACAAGUUCAUUAUUUUCCUGACUCUCCGCCCAUGGUAAACGAUUUCGUCAGAAUUAUUGAAGUAUUAUCAACCACCCUAUUCUUUGCUCACUUGAUCUUCCGCUUUCUUUAUGCCGUGUCCAACGUCAAAAAAAUUUGUGAAAUCUGUUGUCUUUUUGCAGUCCAAAGCUCGUGGCAAUUCUACAGAAAAAAGAGGUGCGCAUAGCUGAAACGAAUGUCACCGUAUACCAUUAAAAAAAAAGUAUUUUUUGUAACAGUUAAAAUUUAGUGAGAGUAUUUGAAAAUAUUCAAAUUUCUUGGGUAAAUUUUCAAAAAAUACUGUAGUUUUAUGGUAUACGUUGACAUUCGUUCAGCUGUGCGCACCCCGUUUUUCAAGCAAAUCUCUGCCGACUUUGGACAGCGAAAACACUACAGAUUUCGUAGAUUAUUGUGACUUUGGACGCGGCAUUAUAAAUGUGUACUCUGGACCGCGGAAGAGGGCAAGAAACCGACUUGUUCCUUUAUUGUGAUUUGUCAACUCAAAACUGCCCUCGUGUUUUAUUUCAAGUUCUAGUUCUUACUAUUUUCCAGAGAAAACAACAGUUGCAAAUUCGAAAACUUGAAACUGGGCGUGAGAUCCACGGACGACUCACAUCGCUCGAAGAACGUCUUCUCGAGCUAGACGUCGACAUUGAAGUUGGCGAGCAUCAACGUCGUCUACAACUCGAGUUCGAGGCAGCAGCCAUCGAAAGGGAGAGUGCCGGUUAUCAGCCGAACUAUCAUCAGCAGUCGAGUUUCCUUCAAGCGCGGUCUGGCUUCACGACCCCGACUGUGAGUUGAUUUCAUGAAAAUUUGUCAAACGAAAUGUUAUUUUCAGUUACCGGAAAAGCAGAAGCGCAAAUACAUAAAACGGAAAAACGUGGCGGUCACCUCGGAUAUGAAGAGUCCCGGAACUACAUCGAUGGAAGCAGCAACAGUACACCAACAAGAACUUACUGGAUCCAAUGGGACCAAUGUGGGCAUCGCAGCUGGUACUCCAGUUACAGCAACGAAGAGAGGAGCUAGUGUGACUCCUCCAGCCGAGGAAAAUGCUCCAAAGGUUCAGAAAGUGGAAGGAGAUGAUUAUAUGUAAGAUUUGUCAAUUUUUAAAAAUAGCUAAACUGCAUCUCUACAGAAAUGGCAUCCCUCAAUCAAGACAUGAGAGCAUCAUUGGAAUAUCAGUUGCUACUCAAGCGCACAUGCAAGCUCAAGCAGCCGCUGCCGCUGUAGCAGCUUCGAUGAAUGCUCAGAAUUCAGUUCCUGCAGCGUUAUCGACAACUAGCUCUCUUUACAUCAACACUUCUUCAAUGGCCCAGGGCACCGUCCCCACACCUGCCCUUCCACAGAACCCGCUCCUAUCAGCUGCGCAAACGCCUGUGGUUCCAGCGCAAGCAGCUGUCGUUACUGGAACACCGGUUGCAAAUCAAUCUAUAGAAACUCUUCGCCUCCUGCAAAAUCCGGCACUUGCGAGUCUGACAAGCACAGGAGCUCUUCCGUUCUUGGCUUCUAAUAGCAACACAAUCCCUUACUUAUCUGCGUUGCAACAACAGUUUGUAUUUUCCAAUGCGCAACAAGGCCAAGGAAGUGCUGUCAAUGCUGGCCAAUUGCAGACACUCAAUCAGAUCAACGGCAUUCAAUUCCCAGCUAAUGCUGCACUUGGAUCUCAACUCGCUGGAGCGGCUUUGCUAGCAGCAGUACCGGGUGGAACGAACAUAAAAGUAAGUAAUGAAAACGGGUUAUGUGCAUCCUUUUCAUUUUCCAGAAAAUCGGCCGUUGGAGUGGAAUGCAUGUAAAGAUUGCGAAUGAUAUUCAAUCGCUGCGAAAGGGCAAUGAGAAGCCAGGAAAUUCCAGUAACAAGGCUGCAAACGGAGCUAACAGUCUCACAGCGUCGGUCGGCACAUCAACCAACACCGAGUCGGCAGCAUCACAGCCUCCACCUGCCGCCACUGCUCCUCCAGCUCCGCCGAGUCAUAACUCGUCACUGUCUGCUCCUCUUGGCCCGCCGAUGGCUCCGAUCAGGUCGGCAUCCGCGGCUGCAAAUCAUCCUGAGCCGCCUGCGCCAACGACUACUCCACAGGGAACUUUGUCUGGUAUAUCGUCCGCAGCCCCAACUCCUGCUGGAGCUCAACAGAUACCGUCCACGAUCACAAUGACACAUCCGUCAGCAGCGACUGUUUCUGGGGCACAAUCUGCCAGUAAGCAACCUCUUACCAGUAUGACGAACGCACCUAUGACGUAUGACCUUAGUUUUGCUAAAGUUGAAUCACAGAAAAGUUUUCAGACAGUUUGCUACUUUCCCACCACCGCAAUUGUCCGGUGGGCCAAAUUAUGCUGGAAAUCCGCAGUUGAUGGCGGCCACGAUCAACGAAGCCACUAGGCGCGUUGCGUAAGUGACUCCACUCACGAUGCCUUCUACUUCUUCAUCAGAAGAAGAAAUGCAUUUAGAAUCAAUACAGAAAAAACCUUAGAUUGAUCCCUAAUUUUUUACAGAAAACCAUCAAGCAUUUGCAGAGCUACACCGAAACCGCCAACCGCUCGACCACCAUCGGCCGCAGUUCCGACGUCUGUCUCAGCAGUAUCUCAAGCUCGGAGUUUAGGACUCGGAGCAGUUCCUACCAUCGCUGCGACGACCGUGGGAUCAUUGACCAACGGAAUGAGCGAUACAGCUGCUCAACAACAAGCAGCAGCACUUCAAAUAAUGCUACAGAGAGAUCAACAUGCGCAAAAUGCUCAGUUGCAACAACAGCAAUUAUUAGCACUUCUUGCGCAACAACAACAACAAGUACAGCAACACGCACAACAACAACAAGCGCAGCAGCAACAGCAACAUCAAGUGAAUCCACAACAACAAGCUGCGGCUGCUGCGGCUGCAGCUACCCAACAGAGUAUGCACCACAGCCUCAUGCUACUGGGAGCGGUUAGUCAUUCCAACACAAAUGAAUAAAGUUAAAUAAUUUCCUGGAAUUUCAGCUGGGCCAUCUCGAUGCAAGAUCACUGCAAUAUAUUCAAUUAGCCCAACAGCAACCGCAGUCGCAGGGUGUUCCUCAAGUCGGGUCUCAGCAGCCCCAGCAGCAUUUAGACUUGAUUCGCCAACUUGAAACUCAACAACAAGCUCAAGCCCAAGUCGUUGCUCAAGCGCAAGCGGCCGCAGCUGCCCAGGCUCAGGCACAGGCGCAAGCCCAGGCGCAAGCUCAAGCUCAAGCUCAAGCUCAAGCUCAGGCAGCACAGCAACAACAACAGCUCCAACAACUUCUUUUAUCCACCCAAGCUGGACAGAAUGGUCAAGAUCUGAUCCGUCUGCUUCAAGCCGUCCAGCAGCAACAGGUGAACAAGACUUUUAAAAAUUCCGCUCAAUUCUGUUUUUCUUUUCCAGGCUCAGACUUCGCAGGCAGCUCGACCACAAAUGGACGCUUUUCUUCAACAGCAGCAGCAGCAGCAGCAGCAACAGCGGCUUCUCCAAAAUGCGCAGAUUCAACAGAUAAUGAAUUUGCAACAACCUGUUAUGAAUGCUCAGCAACAAGCUGCUGCAGUGGCUGCCGCUAUUGGAAAGGGAGCGCCACAGUUGCCCAACGGCAGAUAG